CAGGUUAUAUGUCCCUUAAUCAUAAAGGAAAGGUAAUGACAGUAGGCGUGGCUGUGUCCCAAACCGAAUUUUCUUCUUGUUUUUGUAUUGUACCCCCCCCUACAAUAUUUUGAGACCUCUAACUAAACAAUAACCCCAAACUGUUUGAGUUAGCAGGAGUUUGAGAGCCGAGUUUGAGUUAUCGGAGUUUCACUAUUUCCAAUCUUGGAAUAUUUUUCAUUAUUAUUUUUUUUUUUUUGGCGUAAUGGGGAACGAAUUCAAAACCUGCUACAAUCAUUAUAAAUCUAUAAAUCUCAUAAAUCUUCGUUAAACUAUAGUAAGCUGUCAGGGUGAACCACUGUAUGUGUGGGUGGACAAUAACAUAACCUUGAUUACAUUAAAUUGGACAUUAUAAAACGUGCAUAUGCAUGUAUUCGGCCACCAUCGCAACCUUUGCUUGGCAGAAAAAAAAACAAUAUCCCGGUUUACUAAACAAAAUAUAUGAAUCAGUAACCAAAUGCAGUCAUGGAAGAACAAAUUCCAAGCCUUUAACAAAAUCAAUGGUUUAUAAUCACUUUGAACGGGAAUGGGUUAGUUUUUUCAACACCCGUUGCAGUACAAAUUUAAUAACUAUUAUUUGAAAUAAUAGCAUAAUGUUAAAUUGUUAAAUUAGUAUUACAAGCUCAGCCUUAUUUAUAUUCUAUAGCCCGCCACACAAGGUGUGUACGUAUUGGGUUUCUUUCUAAAUUCACUUGGUGUUACCCAAGUAUCUCUGACGUACUUAUCAGGAUUUGCCAGCUGGUAAAACCUGCUCAAAACCAGAGGCUUUUCUAUCGCCCCUAAAAUAAAAUAAAAAUCAUUAAUUUGGAGUUUUUAGGAGAAAGGAUGUUUUGUACAGUGCUGAUUUUGUUUUAGCUUUAUCUUUAGCUUUGUUUUUUAUUUAUCAGGAUACCAUCAACGGAACAAUGGUUUUUGAGUGCAUUAUACAGAUUUCUAAAUUAAAGGAGACAUCCUAACGCAUUAUUGACGACGAAUAGCGGAGCACAGAGUAAUUAGGCGAGGCGAGGAUUAUAAUUAUUUGUUUGAAUGCCCAUUCUGACUGGAAAAAACUCAACGCUAAGUACACGGGAGUCUAUCAAUUGGUGGUCUUUUAUUGUAUAUCAGUUAACGCAAGAAGAAAAGAAAACAGUCAUCAUUUUGUGCGGUAGGUCGAGGGCGAGUUGUUGCUACAUUUCUGCUGUUCUCCAUCAUCUCCAGAUAUCCGCUAAACUCAUCGCAGUUUACUGUUUAUACUCGCACAGAGUCGCACUCACAGAAACACCCAGUGGAGAAUUGCUCGACGUACCGAAGUGGCCCAGCGAAUCUGUAUAUCUACUGCUUUCUGAUACGCAUUUGUUGCUUUGUUAUCUGGUCGCCCUCUGUCUAAGAAAAUACCAUACCAUGGGUACAAGUUCACCCCUCACCGCACAAAUGGCGACUAAAGCCACCAGCGCAACUACAUCUGCCACAGACUACAUGUCAGGACCGACCCAGGAACGACGCAUCAUCAUUCAGAGUUCCCUACUCGUCCUUCUCAUGAUUUUUGGUAUUCUCAUGAAUGGUUCCAUGUGCGCGCUCUUCGUCCGAUUCAAGAGCAUGCGAAACGUCGUUAAACUUGGACUUGUUCUCGACUUGGCGAUUGUCGAGCUACUCGACGUCAUGGUGAACAUUCCACUGUUCAUGGAUUACUACCUCUUCACCCAGAAACGCAACUUGACCAUAGAGUUGCGCUGGUAUACGGUUCUUUUUCAUCGGUAUUUUCUCUUAAAUGAUCUCUUCACACAACUCGGGCUGACCCUCGACUGCCUACUUGGAGUCCGGUACGGAUAUCGCUACGACUAUCGAAAAACAACUAGGAAUAUCCUGGUUUAUAUCUUCAUGAAAUGGGUCGUGUUAUUUAUCUUACUUCUAUCUUUCUCCCUCGACGAUUAUGGGCAAGACUUUGGGGAGAUCGUCAGUGAUGAAGUUUACCAGCGCGUGCUGUUUGGUCCAAGGCAGAUAAUCUGGAAAGUGGUGAUACCCGCAACACUUGGCACGAGCGCGCUGUUUAUCCUGCUAACGACUUGUGUGAUAAAGAAAAGUAGGGAUGACAUUAAGCGGCGAUAUGGACUCAGGGUGUUCGGCCGAGGAAGUAAGGAUCACAGCAAGGCAUUGGCUACUUUGGUCAUCAAUAUGGCAAUGCAGACAGCUCUAAGAAUUCCUGCAAUAACCUACAGCUACAUCGCGAUCAAAGGCGACAUAGAAAAUGACCGUUGGUAUGCGUUCAGCGCCUACUUCUUCCUCUUCGCCUCCAGCAGUCUGAUGCCAGUCAUCUUCUACUCUCGCGCCAUGCGAUUCCGCCGGGCUUUACUCCAAUUCCUGCGGCAUCCCUGCAAAGCGAGCUCUUACCUGGAUCACGUGGCAAGCUUGGGCGUAACUAUGCACCGCAAUGGCAUGGACAUGAAGGUCAAGGUCAUUUGCAAGGGAGUAAGAGGGGAUAUUGGGGGCGGAGUAAGACUUGAGUGGGACAGCCGUGUCUUCAGUAACACCCCAAGCAGAGAACAGACGCUCGCUACAGAUACUUCUAUUCGCAGCUCACGUGGUAAUAUCUCGACUGAUUCCAGCAUGCUGAGGAGCCGGAGCGCCACAAGUGUUGAUGUCAUUAGAGUUGUAGAAGCGGCGGAAUAUAGUAUUAAUGUGAUUGGGGAUGAUGCGCCCCCUUGUCAGGGGAGGAUAGAGGCUGUUGGUAGUGUUGGUGUGAUUGGGGAUGAUGCAGCCCCUUGUCAGGGGAAGGUAGAGGCUGUUGUUCGUGUUGGUGUGAUUGGGUGUAAGGCGCCCCCUUGUCAGGGGAAAAUAGUGGCUGUUGACAUUACUGGUGUGAUUGGGUGUAAGGCGCCCCCUUGUCAGGGGAAAAUAGUGGCUGUUGAUAUUACUGGUGUGAUUGGGUGUAAGGCGCCCCCUUGUCAGGGGAAUAUAGUGGCUGUUGGUAGUGUUGGUGUGAUUGGGGAUGCUUCGGCCCCUUGUCAGGGGAAUAAAGGGGCUGUUUGUAAUGAUGGUGUGAUAGGGGGUGAGAUUGCCCCGUGUAAAGACGUCAAUAUAGAAAUUUUUACGAUUGAAGGAGAGCUUACAUAUGACACGAAGUUCUAGGUAGUCACCGAAUUUUAUGAAACUAUUAAUGGUGAUGACAAUCAUGAUGACGAUAAAAUGUUAAUCGUUGAGUAAUACCAUGAUCACCUCGGAUUUGUGUUUUCUAAGGGAAAAUUUAUACUAGCGAAAUUCGAAAACAACAGAUAGCUCUAAAUUUCCCUUAUGAAUGAUGAAUUUAGUUUCGGGACUUCAACUAAUCAUCCCUCGGUUGCGGGUACAAUUACUCACUAAAUUCUCCCGUGCCAUAAUAAUUUUAAAGACGCCGUUUCCUGUUUAAUUAUUUAUUUUCCGUAGUCUGUCAGCUACCCUCAUCACGCUUUUUUCUUUCUUUUUCAUAUGCUUAUAUCAUGGAUGUAGAAAGAGACUGCUAGAUUUUCUCCGGGCGGGAUACUAGAUGUCAUUUUUAAGACGAAAUGUGUUCCUACGUUACAAAAGGCGCGCCAUUCGCUUUGUCGCACUCUUUUUCUGCCCAUGCUUAUAUCUUUUUGUCGCGAUGAAAUAAACUAAAUAAAUAAAUUGUUUAGUUGAUUCGUUUUUAAAGUCCAAACUAACUACAGGGCUGAAACCGAAUACCUUAUUACACCUAAUUUUCGCGUCAUUACAUUUCGCGAAUCUCGCGAUUUUAAAAGAUUCGCGAAAAUAAAGUGACGCAAAAAUUAAGUGUCGCGAAAAUUAGGAUGCGCGUGAGUACACAAGAAUCCUUUGGGGGAAUAUUGGCCGUUUAUUAAGUUUUAUGAAAACACCUUGUCUAUUUAGCCAUCUAAUGUACAUAUAGUACGGUAAGGGGUUGAGUUGGACUUUUAUGAAACUAAA